AUGGGCUCUCUGUGCUGGGGGACCGGCCCGCUCCCAGGCGGGGAACCCGAGCCCGAGCCCGAGGGCGGCCGCUCUGAGGCCGCAGCUGCUGCCGCUGGGGAGGGCACAUCGGGCGGCCCCGGGAACAGGCAGCACCGCCGCCCCCAGGAGGAGAGGGUACAGGCGGCCAGCUGCAGCACGGAGAGCCGGCACCGACAGGCGGAGGCUGAGAGGGAGAGGAGGCUGCUGGAGACAGGCGAAGACAUCGCCCUGAAAUACAUCCGGCCGGAUGAGUGUGUGAGAUACAUGAGAGUGUGUGUGGAUCCAGCUAUUCUGGAAGAUGUUGGCGCAUAUAUUCUGCUUGAUGUUCUCAACUCGCUAGAAUCUGAAUAUAGCAUUGAAGCUCAGUCAGUUCCUUCCACUAUCACAUGGAGAAGAGAACUUCCUGAAGUCAUGUUAAAUGACUUGCCUGAUGAGACUAAAAAUAUGUACAAAUCCAAGGAAGAAAAUCAAAUUCUGGUGCUGCUUUCACCAAAUCAUUUUCUCAAGAUGGUCUGGUUACAUAAACAGAAAAUGAAAGGCAUUUUCACAGAAAACAUCUAUGAAACAUUUGAUAGCUUUAUAACGAGGGUUCUGGACAAGCAACCUCUCAGAGCAGCCACAUUAGCGGUCAUUGGACUGGAUACUUACACAAGGGAAAAAGGCCUUUACAGUCCUGUGAAACGACCGAAGAAUUCAGAAAAGGAGAGCAUUGAAGACUCAGAGUCUUGGGUCAGCAGGGAGCUUGGAUUGACUUGUGCAGAUUUGGAUGAGGUGCAGGUGGCCUUACAGCUGCAAACACACACAACUGUUUGGUUUUUAGAGAACUGGCAACAAUUUGCUGAUCAUAUCGCAACACUUACAAAGGCAAUCGCCCGAAGUCCUUUCAAAAAGCAGACAGAAAAAAUGACCUUCUCGUUCUGCCCUGAUGGGACGUGGUCCACUGGUGUGAAAGUGGAUAAGGAUGGAAAGGGCCUCCUGAAGUUAUGGAAAAAACAGCUUCAGCAGCUCAACAGGAUCACCCAACCAGUGGCAAUGGCUAUAGCACAAGCCUAUCCUACACCAAAGCUGCUCUUGCGGGCUUAUAGACAAUGCAGCACAGAGUGGGAGAAGCAGAAUCUUCUGUCAGAGGUUAAAGUGUAUGCUGCAGGAAAACGUGUGGAUCGACGAGUUGGACCGGAUAUAUCACGCAGGUUGUAUAUUUUCAUGACUUCGGAAAACUCGGACAUAGUUUUGGACAAAAGCGGUUAA